AUGAAACAGCUAGCACGGCGCUAUGUUUACUGGCCAAAUAUUGACAAGGACAUUGAGCAUCUUGUGAAAGGAUGUGAAAAUUGUGCAAUAACACGGUCAAAUCCACCCAAAGCUCCCAACCACCCGUGGGAAAUCCCAAAAGAGAACUGGGAAAGAAUACACAUUGACUACGCAGGACCGUUUCAAGGCUUCAACUUCCUCGUGUGUAUUGAUGCUAGAUCAAAAUGGGCGGAGAUAAAAGUAAUCAAAGAUGCACCAUCCAGCUCCAAUACCAUACAUCUACUUGAACAGAUCUUUGCUACACACGGCUACCCGAAUGUUAUGGUAUCUGACAACGCCUAA